AAGGAAUCAAAACAGGAAUCGCAAAAUGUCAAAAAAUGGUGCGAGUCGACGCCUGCAGGAGCGCGUGAAUCGUGAUAGCGAACAAAACGAAGAAGAGAAAGAAUUGAAAUAAAAUUUAUAAUAAUAUUACAUACAUGUGGACGGAAAUCCUUAAGGAUUGUUGAGUAAAUUUUACAAUUCUGCGAUCGAUUGCGGAUCUUGAAGAUUCAGAUCGAUUUUUGAAAAUCCAUUUAAAUAAAAUAAAAUGGAAGGCACAAUCAAGCUUGGUGAUUUUCUGGUGAUAAAGCGACAGAAGUACACCAAACUACAGAAAUUCACUUCACUUGAUACGGUUGUACAUUUAGGCAAGGAUCAAAUUGAGCUGCGUGGAGCAGAGAAUCAACGAUACCAUACAACAUUUCAACUGCUGCCUAAGGAGGGUCGCGGUCGACGUCUCCAUAUGCUAGACCCUGUGCAGACGGUUUCGGAAAUCCGUAAUUUGAAAGAGUUACUUAUAAAGGAGAGCGGAACAGAUAAUCGUAAUAUCAUUGACGAUGGAACCACGCAAAAUUUAACGACAGAUGAAAUUUUAAAACUGCGAGAAGAGUGUGAAUCAUCGUCCGAAGUCAUUGGUAAACUGGUUGAGAAUUCAAAAAGUUUUGCUUCCAAAACUGAGUAUUCACAGGAAAAAUAUCUAAAACGAAAAGAAAAGAAGUAUUUUGAAUACGUGCAGAUUCUGCGCCCUUCUAUACGUUUGAUUUCAGACAUUUACUGGAGAUUAGAUUCGGAAAAAGUGAUGGGCGUACGUUUUGAUACACUUUCGCAGAUUAUAUCCUACAGUGGAGUUUGCGGUGUGGGCAAAUUUCUGCUUUACGAGUCUGGAACCAACGGAUUGUUACCGGCAGCGUUUCUCAACUCAUUGGGUCUAAAAACACAGGCCAAAAUGGUUCAUAUGCACCCAGGGAAUGUCGCCCAGAAGCAGGCGCUUAAUGCCAUGAACUUUGAUUCCGAACAACUCGCUAGAUGUAUAUCCGUAAAUAUCUAUUCUGUGUUGCGCCACUACUACCAAGACGGCAAACCUUUGGAGGAUGAGAAAACGACAAUCGACGAGGUAGUUGAACCAACGCCAUUUGAAAAUGGAAAUGGAGAAGCUUCGAGUUUGAAGAGAAAAAAUAAUUCUCCUGAAGCGGAUGGUCCUGAAUCGAAGCAAAUAAAAUAUGAUGAAAGCACGGUUGAAACCCAAAAGAAGCAGCAACAAUGGGAGCUGGAAAACGCCGCAGCUUGUGACUUAAUGAAAGAAAAAUUUGACUGCCUAGUCUUAGUGGCAAAGGAGCAUCCUCAGAACAUACUUAAGGCUUUGCUUCCAUUUGUGAAGCCUAGCCGACCGGUUGUGGUAUUCAAUACAGCCAAAGAAAUUCUUCUCGAGUGCUACAUGGAUAUGAAAAUGGCAGCAAAUGUCACUUAUCUGCGUGUCACGUCCAAUUGGAUGCGUCAGUAUCAAAUAUUACCGAAUCGUACCCAUCCGGAUGUCAACAUGUCCGCCAACAGCGGGUACUUAUUGACCGGGUAUACUAUUAGAUAAGAUUAAGCAUUUGAUGAUCUUUAAAUGACACAUAAAUAACCUUUUCGAAAUAUUCACUUUACUAAACACUUAUAAACUUAAAGCUGCCGAAAGUCCUUGAAAUUCUGUUCAAUUACUUACACUCGACUGAUAAAGAAUAAGCAAGA